AUGUCUAAACGUCGACCCACUUUUGAAAAAAUGAUCGAAGAAGCAAUCCUUACUUUAAAUGAACGUAGAGGAAGUAGUCGUCAAGCUAUAAAGAAAUAUCUUUUUGAUACAUAUGAAGAACUUAACAAUAUUCCUGGUACUAUAACCAGAAUUAAUACGGCUAUCAGAAAUGGUGUUGCAAAUGGAAAAUUUAAAUAUUCAAAAGGUCCUGCUAGUAGAAUUGGAUUGGUCCAAAAACCAAAACAUCCAUGGCAAUGGCAAUGA